GAAGGAGAAAAAGAUCUCCGAGAUUCCUUGUUGAGCGUCAACAACGGAGCAAAGAUGCCCUUUGUGUGACUUGGGACGUGGAAGUUAUGGUGAGGAAGGCUUGUGAGAAGACUAUCAGUGACCUCAGACUGGACUACCUGGACCUGUACCUGACUCACUUCCCUAUGGGCGUCAAGGCAAGGGAUGAGCUCUUUCCCCUGGAUGAAGACGAGCAGGUCAACUCUGAUGGCAGCAGCUUCCUUGAAACUUGGGAGGCCAUGGAGCAGCUUGUUGAUGCUGGCUUGGUCAAGGCUAUCAGCGUGUCCAACUCGAAGCAAUUCUCAAAAAGCCGUGUCUCAAGGACAAAGCCGGCCAUCAAUCAGGUCGAGUGCCACCCAUUCCUGAUCCAGGAGAAGCUGGUCAAUUACUGCCAUUCAAAGGACAUCUUUAUUACGGCUUAUAGUCCGCUAGGAUCCCCUGACAGACCUUGGGCAUUAUGAGGUGAUCCUUCGCACUUGGAUGAGUCAAAAGUCAAGGAACCUGCUAGAAAGUACACCAAUACGGCAGCACAGGUUCUCAUCAGGUUCCAUAUUCAGAGGAACGUGACUGUCUUCGCCAAGUCAGUGACUCCCCAUCGGAUCAGGGAGAAUUUUCAGGUGUUUGAUUUUGCACUUAAGGAAGACGACAAGAACCUCCUGCUCAUUUUAUGGUAAGUGGAGAGGACGACAAAGAGGCACAUAAUCAGAUCGUGUUCCUGUGUGUGUUAACUGUUGCUAUUGUUUUCCUGAGAGGGCGUCGAAACACAAAGGCUAUCCAAUCAACGCUGAAUAUUAACUCAGGAGACCAUAACAUGUUUCUGCAUGGGAUCCAACAACUGAGAAACUUGUUUGUGCUCGUCGGUUUUUUUCUCUCUCCCCCACAACCCUUUUCACUGCGAAAAGUAACUCCGUAUUGAGAACCAAGAUGGGGGAAAAAAAACUAAGGCACAUUUACUUCAUUUCACAUGCCACAUAAUAAAAUACGACAAAAGCCAGUACAUACUAAAACUAUUUUAUUGUAAUAUACCCCGCAGUGAAAAUUGUUGGAAGGCAUAGAAAUGUUCUGCCCGUGGCCUUUAGUGACCCCUAGUGCCCAUUAAGAGGACCAAGGACAGCAAAUCCUGGGUGCCCUUCAGGCACUGUGUCAUGCAGCUUUGGCACGCACACGCAAACAAAUGAGGCAACGCAAUCACAAGCAGCACAUAUGACAAUAGUCACAAGUGCCACAUAUGACUCGGAAAUAAGAGGAAGUGCUUGUAUCACGUAAGGAGAAACUACAGUGCAACGUAUUCAUGCUUUGUAAACCUUGUUGCCAACAUUACGAUGCUACUAUGAUUAAUUGAGUAAAUAUGUCUCAAAUCAGGGUUGCACGGACAGUUUUUCCUCUAACAAGGACAGUAACAAACCACAAGUGCGCAAAAGAAAAGAAAGCAGCCCGUCUUUUAGCAAACUGCAGCACACACUUGCAGAUUUUCCGCAUCAGAAUUCAGCAUGGAAAGGGUAGUCCUUGUGCUUCACGCUCCUGGAGGGCAAAGGUAAAUAAAACCAUGUAUGAAAAACAUGCUGCACCACAAAGAAAGCCUUAACAUACUGUCAUUUCUAUACACUUACGAUUUAAUCGGACAGACUCUCCAAUUACGAUUGAAUCCCAAUAUGGUCUUCAUAUCCUCGUCGCUUACUUGAAAGUCAAACACCUGCAAACAUUUAAAUCAACAAAACGUAAACGACAAGAGGGCGUUAUGCAAAUAUCGGAACCGUUUCUUGCUCCCUACCUUGAAAUUGUCCUGGAUGCGGUGAGGGGUGACCGAUUUUGGAAUCACAACCAGAUUUCUCUGGAUUUGGAAGCGGAUCAGGACCUGAUUUUACAUCCAGAGUUAACACCCACUUUUUCCCAAUCAAAACAGACUUAACUUUCAUUACUGCUGUACCUGAGCAGAAGUUUUUUUGUACUUCUCUGCUAUGGCUGUGAUAUCAGGAUGCUCCAAAAGCGAAGGGUCAUCUGAUGUAGCCCUGCAACGCAGCCAGCGGACUUUGUCACACACUACUUUGAAAUCGGUGUAAACUCUCGUUUAUCGUGGGGGUUACGUUCCAGAAACCCCCAGCAAUAAAUGAAACCCCUGAAGAAGCGGCUGACAUGAUGUGAACAGGCGAUUUUUCUCCCUCAAUCAUUGUACCCCGUUCCACACACUGACGGUCCUGGCAAUGUAGUCAGCUAAAGACAUUAUGGGAACCCAGCAUCCAGCGCGGUGAUGCUUUUAACUAUAGUACCGUAAUUGUAGAAAAAUCAAGCUAAACGUUUCUCUUUACUAGUAUUUGUUCCUAUUGAAAUUGUUAUGAGUGUGUGCAGAUAACUAUUAACCCUUUAUUGCUCAGUGACUGUUUUUUGUCAAUGUCUUUAUGUCUCAAAAGUGUUCUCUGUCAAUUGACUGCCUGUUGUCGUACUAGAGCGGCUCCAACGACCAGAGACAAAUUACUUGUGUGUUUUUUGGACAUACUUGGCAAAUAAAGAUGAUUCUGAUUAGCUAAUAGUCGGGCUAAGGUUGGUAUUUGUAAGUUAAUUGAAUAAAACUCUUAACUGUGGCUUGUGUUUCAAACAGUGGCUUUCCAGGCAGGUUCUUCGUAUCCUCUGCAAGGUUUCAUUUUCUGCUAAGAACAAGAGGCCUGUUGAACUAAUGGGAGUCACUGAUAGCAGAUUAAAAUCAUAUAGCCAAUAAAGCCAACUGCAUCAGAGAUGUGCAGGUGAGUAACUGCACUAAACACUGACCUAUAAAACAAAAAUCUAAUAAGUGAACCGCAAUAUAGCUAGGGAUUAUUGCAGACAAUCUACCCUCAAAGACAAGUAAACCUACCAGGGUCUGUCAGGGGAGCCAAGGGGGCUGUAGGCUGUCACGGAGAUACCCUUUGAGUGGCAGUAGUCGAUCAGCUUUUCCUGACACAGGAACGGGUGGGACUCCACCUUCAGGCAUAAAUAUGCAACCAAUCUCACCCUGUUCA